CCCUCACAAGAAAUCCCUUCUUUCUUCCUCUGAAUAUCUAAAGUAUCCGCAACAAAUUCACACACUCUCUCUCUCUCUCUCUGAGUAGUCGUCUCUCCUUCUCCAUUUCCCAAGGGUUUCGGUCCCUCCUCGAAACCCUAAUUCUACCUCACACUCUUAGAUCCAAACCCUAACCCUAAUCCGAUUUAUAUAUUUUGCAAAUCGAAUUUGCAGUGUUUGGUGGUGAAAGCAAAAAGGAUACAAGAAUGGCCUCGGCGGCGACGAUGGUGAGCUCGGCCGGAGGACUAUUGGCUAUGCUGAAUGAGAGCCAUCCGGUGCUCAAGCUUCACGCUCUGUCCAAUCUCAACGCCUUUGUUGACUACUUCUGGCCCGAGAUCUCCACCUCAGUCCCCAUCAUAGAGAGUUUAUAUGAAGACGAAGAGUUUGACCAAAGGCAACUGGCUGCUUUACUUGUUUCAAAGGUUUUUUAUUACUUGGGUGAACUUAAUGACUCACUAUCAUAUGCCCUUGGAGCUGGUCCUUUAUUUGAUGUUUCGGAGGAUUCAGAUUAUGUUCAUACUCUACUCUCUAAGGCUAUAGAUGAAUAUGCCAGUCUUAAGACCAAGGCUGCCGGGUCGAAUGAUGAAGCUGCAAUGGUGGAUCCUAGGUUGGAGGCGAUUGUUGAGAGAAUGCUUGAUAAGUGUAUAGCUGAUGGAAGAUAUCAACAAGCUAUAGGAACAGCCAUUGAAUGCCGAAGAUUGGAUAAGCUUGAGGAAGCAAUUACAAGGAGUGAUAAUAUUCAUGCAACUCUAUCUUAUUGCAUUAAUGUUUCUCAUUCCUUCGUUAAUCUCAGAGAAUAUCGACGCGAGGUGCUUUGUCUUCUCGUUAAAGUGUAUCAAAAGCUGCCGUCUCCCGAUUAUUUGAGUAUUUGCCAGUGCCUCAUGUUUUUGGAUGAAGCAGAGGGUGUUUCAAGCAUAUUGGAAAAACUUUUGCGAUCUGAAAAUAAGGAGGAUGCUUUGCUGGCACUUCAAAUAGCUUUCGAUCUUGUAGAGAAUGAGCACCAAGCUUUUCUUUUGAAGGUGAGAGACCGGCUCUCUGAUCCCAAGUUACAAACUUCAGAACCUGUGCAGUCAGCAUCUGCUGAGCCAGAUUCUGUACAAAAUGGAAAUGCCUCUGCAUCAGAGGAUAUUCAGAUGACAGAUGGAACUCAAGCUUCUAAUGGAACUGUGCCUAAUGCUGAUCCAAAGGAAGCGAUCUAUGCUGAGAGGUUGGCAAAAAUCAAAGGAAUUUUGUCUGGGGAGACUUCAAUACAGUUGACAUUGCAAUUCUUAUACAGCCAUAACAAGUCGGAUCUCCUUAUUCUUAAGACAAUAAAGCAGUCAGUUGAGAUGAGAAAUAGUGUCUGCCACAGUGCAACAAUAUAUGCCAAUGCAAUUAUGCAUGCUGGGACGACCGUGGAUACAUUUCUCCGGGAAAAUCUGGAUUGGCUCAGCAGGGCCACAAAUUGGGCUAAAUUUAGUGCGACAGCGGGGCUGGGUGUUAUUCACAAAGGCCACCUGAGGCAAGGUAGAUCACUGAUGACCCCUUACUUGCCUCAGGGUGGGGCUGGCGGUGGUGGCAGCCCUUAUUCAGAAGGUGGUGCCCUAUAUGCUUUGGGUCUGAUCCAUGCAAACCACGGCGAGGGCAUCAAACAGUUUCUUCGUGAUAGCCUACGAAGUACCAAUGUUGAGGUUAUUCAGCAUGGUGCAUGUUUAGGACUUGGUUUAGCAGCUUUGGGAACUGCUGAUGAAGAUGUCUACGAUGACAUAAAAAAUGUGCUAUAUAUGGACAGUGCUGUUGCUGGUGAAGCUGCCGGUAUUAGUAUGGGUUUACUAAUGGUUGGAACUGCAAGUGAGAAGGCAGGAGAAAUGCUUGCUUAUGCACAUGAGACACAGCAUGAGAAGAUUAUUAGGGGUUUGGCAUUGGGGAUAGCCCUCACUGUCUAUGGAAGAGAAGAAGAAGCAGACACACUGAUCGAGCAGAUGACUCGGGAUCAAGACCCUAUACUGCGUUAUGGCGGCAUGUAUGCUUUGGCAUUGGCAUACAGUGGAACAGCAAACAAUAAGGCCAUCCGCCAGCUGCUGCACUUUGCUGUAUCAGAUGUGAGCGACGAUGUCAGGCGAACUGCAGUUUUGGCACUUGGUUUUGUUCUGUAUUCUGAACCAGAACAGACCCCUCGAAUAGUCUCCCUGCUAUCUGAAUCAUACAACCCACAUGUUCGGUAUGGUGCGGCUCUGGCAGUUGGUAUCUCCUGUGCUGGUACAGGUCUGAGCGAGGCCAUAUCAUUGCUAGAGCCUUUAACAUCAGAUGUAGUAGAUUUUGUUCGUCAAGGUGCUCUUAUUGCAAUGGCUAUGGUGAUGGUGCAGAUCAGUGAAGCCAGUGACUCUCGUGUUGGUGCAUUUAGGCGCCAGUUAGAGAAAAUAAUUUUGGAUAAGCAUGAAGACACCAUGAGCAAGAUGGGAGCAAUUUUGGCCUCUGGAAUCCUUGAUGCUGGUGGAAGAAAUGUGACCAUAAUGUUGCUUUCCAAGACAAAGCAUGAUAAAAUUACUGCAGUUGUGGGUCUUGCUGUUUUCAGCCAAUUUUGGUACUGGUAUCCGCUUAUAUAUUUUAUUAGCUUAUCUUUCUCACCGACAGCUUUCAUUGGGCUGAAUUAUGAUCUGAAAGUCCCAAGAUUUGAGUUCUUGUCACACGCAAAACCUUCCUUGUUCGAAUAUCCUAAGCCAACUACUACCCCCUCCACCACAUCAGCUGUGAAACUUCCUACUGCAGUUUUAUCAACAUCCGCAAGAUUCAAGGCUAGGGCUAGUAAGAAAGAGGCGGAGCACAAGGCUAAUUCUGAGAAGUCAUCUGCACCUGAGUCAUCUUCUGUGGGUACAAACCCUGGAAAAGGGAAAUCAUCCAGUGAUAAGGAUGGGGACUCCAUGCAUGUUGAUGGUCCUGUAGAGAAGAAGGCAGAGCAGGAGCCAUCUUUUGAAAUUUUGACUAAUCCGGCCAGAGUGGUUCCUGCUCAAGAGAAAUUUAUCAAGUUUCUUGAAGAAAGCAGAUACAUUCCAGUGAAGUUAGCACCUUCUGGGUUUGUUCUUCUGAAAGACCUUCGUCCAACUGAGCCCGAAGUGUUGUCUCUGACUGAUACACCCUCAUCAACAGCAUCAACUACUGGUGGAUCUGCAGCAGGACAACAGGGCCCAGCCUCAGCAAUGGCUGUUGACGAGGAGCCUCAGCCGCCACAGCCAUUUGAAUACACUGCGUGAUUGGCUGAUAUUCAUAUGCUUCAUUUGGUUUUCUGAGUGCAAUAGGGUACUCAAAACUGUGGGGCUUCUGUGCUAAAAAAAGAUUUUGUUUUUAAUUUUUUGUGAUCUAAGCAUCACUCUUCUCUGUCCUUCGAAGGUAUGGUUGACCUCGGGUGAGCUUCUGGCAGUUCUUUUUCAUCUAGUCUUGCUUACCCUUUUUUUCUUUCGUACGUUUACAGGGUGGGAGGGGGUUGAGGGGGGAAGUAGGGAAUGUGGAAAACUGCUAUUAUUACCUGUAGCUGUUCUUGUUUUGCUGUAUUUCUUCCAUAUGAACAAAGUGACACUGGAAGAGAGGUUGCAAUAGUCUGUCUUCAUUUAAAAUUUUUAAAGGUUGAAGUCACUCCAACCUUACUCAUUUGUAUGAUUGAACUCACAAUUAGGGAUUGGAAACUAUAUACCAAAUCAUAAGUGCU